GAGAGAGAGAGAGAGUGAGAGGGGGGUGGGGGGGUACGCCUGGUCCUGAAGGGAGGGUGUACACCCACGCACACACUCCAACCACAGCCGUCAGAUCGCCGGGGAGAGAGGAGAGAGAGCGAGUGGCCAUGGCAGACUCCGAGGCUCUGUGUGUGGCGCUGAAGGCCAUCAGUGUGAGUACGGAGGUGAUUGAGGAGGAGCUGAGACCUCAUCUGGACAUCCUGCUGAGCAGCCUGCUGGAGAAGAAGAAGGAUGCUGCGGUGGACAUCGCUAAGAGUGGGAUCCUGCCCACGCUGGCCCAGGCCCUGAGGAACAACAACCAGCUCAGCCAACAGGUGGCGCUGGUGGUGGCGGAGGUGGCCCGGGAAGCCAGUGUCAGGGAGCAGUGUAUCCAGGCCGGCCUGGUGGGGGCGCUGGUUCCCCACCUGCAGAGUAAGGAGCAGGAGAUGCUGCUGAACACCGGGAGGGCCAUCGGCAGGAUCUGCUUCGACAACGCCGCCCAGCAGGAGCACCUGGUCCAGACCGGGGUGAUCCCCCUCCUGGUGUCCAUCAUGCAGCAGUACCCCGAGAACGACCCGCUGGUCAACGUGUGUCUGCUGGCCCUCUGCAACCUGGCCGACAUGGACUCGGCCCGUGAGGCGCUGGCUGAGCUCCAGGUGGCAGGGGUCCUGAUCCUUCAGCUCCGCCGGGCCCCCGACGCCGAGCGGAGCCACAUCAUCCUGGAGGUGCUGAGCUCGCUGGGGGAGAGCGACCUCCUGAAGCUCCAGUUCGCUGAGUCGGGGGUCCCCGAGGCGCUGUCUGAGAUGGUCCGCGGGCUUCAGGGCUCCACCGACCCCCACAACCUCUGCAGCGUCAAGAUCGCCUCCAACCUCAUGGUGUCCCUUCUGCUGGGAGAUGAGUCCAUGCAGCAGUGCUUUGGCGAGGGGACGGGGAUGGUGUACCAGGACGUCCUGUCCUGGCUGCAGUCCUCAAACACCCAGCUGCAGCUGUCCGGGGCGCUGGCCAUCGCCAACUUCGCCCGCAACGACAGUAACUGUGUGAAGAUGCUGGAGCGAGGGGUGGUCCCCCACAUCCUCAACCUGCUGGAGCAGCACGUGGACGAGGGGGACGUGUCUGUUCAGCAUGCCGGACUGAGCGCGCUCAGAAACCUGGCCAUACCGGCCUCCAACAAGGUGCGGAUGCUGGAAGACGGCGUGACGGAGAGGAUCAAGACCCUGCUGCGCUCCGACAUGCCCCCUGUCCAGUUCAAGCUGCUGGGGACCCUCCGCAUGAUGGUGGACGGACAGGGUGUGUGUGUGUGUGUGUGUGUGUGUGUGUGUGUGUGUGUGUGUGUGUGUGUGUGUUGGUGCGACGCCCGCGACCACGCAGGGGUCCGGGGCGAGGCCAACCGCCUGCUGGCCGCGCUGCUGAGAUACAGCCGCAACGCGGAAGUGGUGCGGGCAGUAUCCAAGGCAGACGGGGUGAAGCAUCUGAUCACCAUGGCGACCAGCGAGCACGUUAUCAUGCAGAACGAGGCCCUCGUUGCCUUGGCGAUAGCGGCUGCCAUUGACAAAGAGUCCAUGCAUGACACCCUGCGGGAGGCCCAGCUGCUGCCCACCCUACAGAAGAUGCUGGACGACCCCCAGGGGGUGGUGGAGGUCAAGUUCAGCGCUCUGGGCCUCAUCUGCAGCCUGGCCCAGUCAAGUGACAUGAAGGAAGCCAUGCUGUCCAGCAACAUGAAGGACAGCCUGAGGCCGCUCACGGAGCACGCAAGCGCUAAGCUAGCAUCGCAGGCUCAGGCCCUACUGAGCAUGCUUGAGGAGUAACGUGUGACCACGCCGGCAGCCACUCAGAGACGCUUGGUGAAGGACUGAACGGCGGACUAAGUCCCUCCCCCUUAGUUAGGUUCAGUCGUUCCACUCUGCCGGCUGAUGCUGCUGAAACAGACUUCACAUCACAUGACCACAUGACCCCUUUCCCUGAGAGAAACUGAUUGGUUAAAAAAAAGUGUCAAACAAAGUUCACCAUAUACGAUAGUCCAUAGUAUUUAGAAACAUGCUAUGAUGACCCACGCGCACUAUAACGUCUGACUGCCAUGUACGGAGCCAUCGAUACAGAAGAUCCACCUGCACAUGCCCUGUCCAGCUCUCAGCAUCCCGUCGCCAUGGUAACCCCAUGGUAACCCCAUUGGGGCGGUCCUGCCAUCGAGCACUAAACUAGGCACAAGGUUACGAUCUUCAUCCUCGUAAUUUUAAAGUCAGGAUGGGGGGGGGGGGGGGGGUCUAUAUGACUUGAUAUUAUAGGCCCCGAUAUCUGAACUCCUGUAUUUUCUACGAACGGUCUGAGAUAGAGCUACUGGGUGGGAGAGACACAGAUAAGACAAAGAAGGUCAAGUUGAAGCACAAACCAUAGCAGUGACCGUGCAUCCAGCCCAGUAUCAUCGUGUGUGUGUCUGUGUACUUGUGUGUAUCUACGUGUAUACAGUGGGGGCGUGUCCACUCAAAGCCACGUGUGUCUCACAGUCUAACUCAUGGCCGAUCACCAGCCUGAUCUGAUGGAUCAAUGCUGGUGAUUAUCAGUUAUUAAUGAAGACAGAAGGAUCACUAGAAGCUCUUUAGCCAGCCCAACAGGAGGGUGUGGGGGGUUGUAUUGGUUACCACAGCAACAGUAGGAGCAUUGUGUGGUUUAGUUUAGUUCUGUGACAGCCAUGACUUCUCUGACUUCCACAAGCAAUAUCUGCCAUUGAUGACAAACUAAACAUUCAUAUGAGGAAUAUAUUACAAUAAACCUUGUCCUGUUAUCUCUGUGUGUGUGUGUGUGUGUGUGUGUGUGUGUGUGUGUGUGUGUGUGUGUGUGUGUGUGUGUGUGUGUGUUGUCCUUAAAAAUCUGUUAAGCAAUCAAUUUUUCCCUUUCUCUGGAGUUUGACAAUAUAUAUUCCAUGUUCUACAAUAAUAAUAUUAACAAGAUUAAAAUUCUAUAAUACUC